AUGGCCACCGUGGCUGGACUGGAAGCAUUACUGGUAAAUCUCGGCCUCGAGAUGCCGGUGCCACGAUUCCCAGCAGCAGACGUACUGGCUAAGCCAAUUGAUGUCUUCAGAGGCUACCUCGCCACCCUUCUGGGAUCAAUCCUCACUUUGGACGCGUCCGCCAUCUAUGCGGCUAUUGCCUCUACAAGUGACAUAUCGCUGGGCGAUUUGGACGUUAUAAUCCCUCGCCUCCGACUAAGUAUCGAAGACGUGCAGAGAGAGUUCAACUUGCAUAGGCCUGUAUCUCCUCUCUUCCAAAGAAUAUUCGUUGAAGGUGUUCAUAUCCGCUGCUUCUUUUCGCUUCGCACCCUACCUGGCUUUUUACUUCCGUAUAUCAGAAAUCGGGGUGCUUUGUACGGCCAGGAGACACAGCUUGGGCUUAGAGAUGUGACUGCUCCCGAGAAAGGCUACAACAAGGUGGUCGUCGAGUUUUCCUCUCCUAAUGUCCCGAGUGAGUUUAGUGACAUGUACUUGCGCAGCACCAUUCUUGGAUCGUUCAUCUCCAACCUGUACGAAUCCAUGGGCUGUGAAGUUGUUCGUUUGAACUAUCUAGGCGACUGGGGCAAACAAAUCGGACUGCUUGCCGUUGGCUGGCAGCGAUAUGGGAAGGAGGAUGCUUUGGCAGAAGACCCAGUCGGCCACCUCCUUGACAUUAAAGCGCAUAUCGAGGAAGAUUUCAGACCUGAGAUAAAAGCGAUUAAAGAUGCCAAGGAGGCGAACCAGGAUGCUCAAGCUUUGGAAGGCCAGGGAAUUUUUGAGGAACGCGAUGCCUAUUUCAAAAAGAUGGAAGACGGCGAUGCAGAUGCUGUGGCCCUAUGA